CGGGUGUGCUCCGAGCAGGUGCCCGGUCCUCCAGGGGGAGGAAGGGGCCCCAGCCCGACGCUGCCAGGCGGAAGCGCCGCUGCCAUUGGCCCGGCGGCGGCUUUUACCUGCACGGAACUCUCGGGGCCCCAAGUGCAAAGUCCAAGGCCCCGGCGCCCAGGAGCCGGAGGCUGGCCGCAGGUGAGCCGCGCCCUCGGCCAGGCAAGAUGCCCCUGGGGUUGCGGGGAAAGAAGAAGGCCAAGUCCAGGGAGAAUGCCCCGCUGGUGGAGGGCGAGCAGGCGGCGGGCGCCGGCGGGCACAGCCUCCCGGGGCCCCCGGCCCCCGCACGCAGGCUGGUCUUCCACGCGCAGCUGGCGCACGGCAGCCCCACGGGCCGCGUGGAGGACUUCGCCAGCAUCCAGGAGCUCUACGCCAAGAUCGCUGGCGUGUUUGAUAUCUCGCCCGGCGAGAUCUUAUAUUGCACUUUAAACACUCCUAAAGUUGACAUGAAAAGACUACUUGGAGGGCAAUUAGGUCUUGAAGAUUUCAUAUUUGCUCACGUGAAAGGAUUAAAAAAAGAAGUGAAUGUGUAUAAAUCUGAGGAUUCACUAGGACUCACCAUUACCGACAAUGGUGUUGGCUAUGCUUUUAUCAAGAGGAUUAAAGAUGGUAGUGUUAUUGACUCUGUUAAAACUAUCUGUGUGGGAGAUCAUAUUGAAUGCAUAAAUGGAGAAAAUAUCAUUGGGCAGCGUCACUAUGAAGUUGCUAAGAAGUUAAAGGAAUUAAAAAAAGAGGAACUCUUUACCAUGACAUUAAUAGAACCUAAGAAGGCAUUUGAAAUAGGGCCAAGGUCCAAAGCUGGAAAGUCAUCAGCGGAAAAAAUUGGCACUGUGAGAGGGACACUUCGUCUGAGAUCCGGAGGCCCUGCCACGGUUGAAGAACUGCCCUCUGAAACCAAAGCAAAGGCCAUCGCAAAAGUUGAUGAUCUUCUUGAAUUGUACAUGGGAAUUCGAGAUUUUGAUUUAGCUACUACAAUGUUUGAAGCUGGAAAGGACAAAAGUAAUCCAGAUGAAUUUGCUGUGGCAGUUGAUGAGACUCUUGGAGACUUUGCAUUCCCUGAUGAAUUUGUCUUUGAUGUUUGGGGAGCCAUUGGUGAUGCCAAAAGGGAUGACCAUCUCUGAAGAAAGGAACCAUUGUUCUUCAAAAAGAAGCCUCCAUAACAACUCUCUUAAACAUCUUUAUGAAUUUUGGUGUAGUUUUAUGUGUAUGGGAGAUAAUCUUAGAAAUACAAUUUUGAUUUCUGGGUGUUUUUAAAAUGCUGUUAUUGAUGUACUGUGGUGAAGAUAAAUUUCCUAAAUUAUAAUCUUUAUUCUUUAAUUUGAAGUUUU